CCUCCGUGCGGCCGCCGGCGGGGGCGGGGAGGAGGCGGUGCUUUAAUAGCGCGGGCGCGGCGACAGCGCGGACAGAGCCGAGCCAGCCGGUACCCUGGACAGCGCCUCGCCGCAGCCCCGCCAUGGAGCACCUGAAAGCUUUUGACCAGGAAGUAAAUGCAUUUAUAGACUAUAUAUUUGGACCUCGAGAUGCCAGAGUUAGAGGAUGGUUCCUUUUGGACUCUUACCUUCCCACAUUUUUCCUUACUGGAGCAUACCUACUCUGCAUAUGGCUGGGCAACAAAUUCAUGAAGGACAGGCCUCCUUUCUCUCUCAGGGCUCAUCUCAUUGUAUAUAACCUUGGAAUUACACUGCUCUCCUUGUACAUGCUUAUAGAGCUCAUCCUUGCCACGUGGGAAGGAGGCUACAACUUGCAGUGCCAGAACCUCCACAGUGCAGGGGAGGCAGACAUCCGGGUAGCCAAGGUGCUGUGGUGGUAUUAUUUUUCCAAAGUAAUUGAAUUCAUGGACACUAUCUUCUUUGUACUGAGAAAGAAAAGCAGCCAGAUCACCUUCCUUCAUGUGUAUCACCAUGCCACUAUGUUUAACAUUUGGUGGUGUGUUCUGAACUGGAUACCUUGUGGGCAAAGUUUCUUUGGACCCACUUUGAACAGCUUUAUCCACGUACUCAUGUAUUCUUACUAUGGACUGUCAGUCAUCCCUUCUAUGCGCAAGUACCUGUGGUGGAAGAAAUACCUCACUCAGGCACAAUUAAUCCAGUUUCUGCUCACUAUUGUGCACACACUCAGUGCAGCUGUGAAGCCAUGUGGAUUCCCAUUUGGUUGUCUCAUGUUCCAGUCCUCCUACAUGGCCACGCUGGUCAUUCUCUUCAUAAACUUCUACAUUAAGACAUACCGGAAAGCACCUUCAAGAACAGCUGUUAAGGAAGCCCAUGGCUCAACAGAAAUAAAGAAUGGUUUCCAUAAGGACUGCUUUGCUGCUGCCAAUGGAUUCCUGAACAAUAAGAAAGCACAAUAAGUAUAUUUCCUACAAAUUUUUUUCUAAAAACAAAAAAGAAGAAAAAAGGACUGAAUUACAAGCUUUAGCUUACAACCUAUUUGAUUACAUUUAUCAGUUCUUUGUACCAGACAUUUAUUAAUGUACUGCUAUUUAGAUUUUAAUGAAACAACUAGAAUUACUUGUCCUGUCAAAGACCACCACCAGAACAAAGGCAGCCAAGAUCUUGUUCAUAUGAAACAGAAAACCUUUGUGAUCUGUACUGCUGACACAAAAACGCCUUAUAAAACACUUGAUGGAUAAAUCCAUCAAUGCGUUUAAAAGGUUAGGACUGCAUUCAGACUAAGACUCUGAGCAUUUUCUGUGCAUGCAAGAGGUCUUGAGACAAGGCUUUGCAGUGCACCCAACACAUUCAGCUAAAUUUUAGCCAAGACCAGGAGAAGGAACGUGGGGGUCAGGGGAGGUGAAAGUCAUAGCUUUUCCAUCACCAUAUGAUUCUCCUCUUCUUCCCAGCCACUCCCUAAAGCACACUUCCCUCCCAUAGACACUAGCAAGAUGCACCCAUCUCUUGCAUCCUGUGGGAGCCCUGGGGAAAGACAUAACAGAGAGCAGAUGCCAGAUGCACCAUCCCAUUGUUUGCAGACAGACACGCAUUGUGCUCGCUUGCUUUAUGGAUGUGGAGCCUGACUCAAAUGCCACGAACCUGGCAGAAACAUGCUAUUUCAGGGGGCUAGACUGGUAGCACCUGGGAUUGUCUAGUAUAUUUAGAAUACACGAUACUACACGAUGAUAUGGGAGUUAGAGCUCCAGUUAGAAAAAAACAAGUCACUUUGGAUGUGUUAAAUUAAUAGAAGUUCAGAGUAAAUGGAUUCUGAAAGAAACGGGAGCUCAGCAACUUAACUAAGAUAAAUCCUUUAUUUGUAAUUGUGCACAAGGUUAAUCCUGUAUAAACAGUGCUAAUUUGAAGCAAACUGACACACUACAUAUUAAUAGGCUGGAAGAAAAUCUUAAAAUUUAGCAAUGAGCAAAGCAUUAUUAUGUAAGAAUUUCUGUGCUAGUUAGGCCUUAUUCAGGCUGGUCUAUGACUGGAGAAACAGAUGAGACUAAGGCACAAUCUUCUGUCAGGAAAGCAAGGAGGUAUUUGGUGUCUGCAGCAGUAACAGCGCGUCUCUCAUGGUAGCUAGUCACCAUCUUCUGUGCUUCAGUUAGCUGCAUGGUCCUCCCACUUAAAAUAGUUAGGAAUGAAGAAUACCCAGGAUUAGCUUUGGGGAUCUACCCUUGUCCUUUUCUUAUUUAUCCUGAUUCAAAAUCUCUACUAAAAGUGGACAUGGUCUUUCUCCUCUGUCUUUUUUACACUAAAGUAGUUCUGGUCUCUUAUAAUCUCGUGUGUAUAAAUUCUCACAACAAAAACACCUUUCAGACUCUUUCCAGCCAAGCAAGUGCCUAGGCCAAAGCAAUUCUGUCAAGGGACAGUGUCAUCUCCCUCCCGUUACCCUGCAGGGUCCUGGGACAGGAACAGGACAAACCACACACGCAACCAGCACAGAGAGACCAAGCAGCCGGAGAGGGUCCACAUGCAGAGGAGACCAUCCCAAACCCUCCUCCAAUUCUUCUCUACCUCCUGGGUCAGUUAUCCACUCUAGAUGAUCUGUGUUCAGCAGGUCUUUGAGACCUACUGAGGAGGUUUGUCCCAGGAAGCGGUGUGGGUGCGGGGCAGCCAGCCAAGCUAGGAGCAGCCUGAGAGCUCCUGGGUAAGAAGGAAAGAGGCUGAGGAAGCGGUACAGGACAGGACAAGAACAGAUUGGUUUUGUCUGACAAAAGCAGGAGAGAAAGUGGCACUGAGAAGAGUGGCUCAGGUCAGAGAUCAGUUUAAAAUUGUGCUCAAUUUCCCAUCAGAUCUCAUCUGCCUCCAACCAGUUCCUGUUCCAUUACAAUGUGGACAAAUCCUUUCUGAUCCAGCAGAAAAUAGAAAUACCUGCAAAGUUACAGCACAAGCAAUACAUUUGAGAAGCCUGACUGCUAAACUGUAGCAUCAUGAAUCAGGUAACAAAAAAACCCUGCAAUAUUCAAACACUUCUAACAUGAUAGCGCACAAGGCAACUAGCUGAACCAUUCAUCUAAAGCAGGCAACAAAAUGGUCGCAAAGCCCAGCGUGGAUUUUGGGCUGAAUGGAGUCCAUAACCUUUUAAUGGCAAAGCAUGCAUUUGACUAUCAAGGUGGACAAUGUCAGCAUACUAAGUGUUAAAGUUUACCAUGGCAAUCGAACCCACAGAUAUUUGUUUGUUGAAACCUCAUUCAAAAGAAAAACAAAUAAAUAAAUAAAUGCCUUACUUGAAACUCAAAGGGCUGAGGAGGAAUGGGAAAAAAAAAUAGGAUAGGUUCAACUUACAGAUCCAGACUGUCCAGGAAGGCUGGAAUCAGGUAUGUUUUAAAUUUUUCAGAUCUGUCUUAACAUCUUCAAAACACUGCAACUUUGAAGAAAGACAAGCAUUGAGUUUUUAAACUGAUUUUCCUGUAAUACGUAACACUGUAAAUAAACAAGUUUUACUAUUG